AUGGAGAGCCCGGCGCAGCCCCCGCCGCCUCCGGGCCCGCUAAAGAGCGGCGGCGGGGGCGCCACCGAGCGGCUCCUCCCGGGAGAGGCGGCGGCCGGCGACGGCUGCCGGGACGGGCCCGGUGAGGAGGGCGGUGGGCGACGCAGCCCGUCCCCUCCGCCGGCCCCCGCAGGGCCUCGGGACGCGUCUCCCCUGCGGGGCGCCGACAGCGCGGGGCCGACGCUCCCGGAGAGCCCUGGGGCGGCGGCGGGGGCCGGCUCCGGGAGUAGCGGGGCUGCCAGCCCCCCGGGGGAGGAGUCCCGCAGCCUGGACUCGCUGGAGUCGUUCUCCAACCUGCACUCCUGCUGCCCCAGCGGCUCCGAACUCAACAGCGACGCCGAGGAGGCGGUGGAGGCCGCCCCGGGGGGCCCGGCCCCGCGGCAUGAUGCGGAGAGGCCCGCCGCGGGCGCGCAGCUCCUCGCCGCCUCCAAGGAGCGCUUCCCGGGGCAGUCGGUGUACCACAUCAAGUGGGUGCGCUGGAAGGAGGAGAACACUCCCGUCAUCACCCAGAACGAGAACGGCCCUUGCCCCUUGCUGGCCAUCAUGAACGUGUUGCUGCUGGCCUGGAAGGUUAAACUGCCACCAAUGAUGGAAAUCAUAACGGCUGAACAGCUGAUGGAAUAUUUAGGAGAUUAUAUUCUUGAUGCAAAACCCAAAGAGAUAUCUGAAAUUCAGCGUCUAAAUUAUGAGCAGAAUAUGAGCGAUGCAAUGGCGAUUCUGCAUAAGUUACAGACAGGUCUGGAUGUCAAUGUGAAGUUUACAGGUGUACGAGUGUUUGAAUACACACCGGAAUGCAUAGUGUUUGACCUUCUUGACAUCCCUUUGUACCACGGAUGGUUAGUGGAUCCCCAGCAUGGUGUUGUGAUGAAUAUCUCCUUAAGUCCUGUUUUAAUGAAGAGAUUUGUAGCUGAGCAAUUCCUAAAUAAUACGGCUACGCAGCUGACGUACCAUGGGCUGUGCGAGUUGACUUCAGCUGUCCAGGAAGGAGAGCUCUGCGUGUUCUUCAGGAACAACCAUUUUAGCACCAUGACCAAAUAUAAGGGUCAACUUUACCUGCUGGUAACAGACCAAGGUUUUCUUACAGAAGAGAAAGUUGUCUGGGAGAGCUUGCACAAUGUGGAUGGUGAUGGAAAUUUCUGUGACUCCGAGUUCCACCUACGGCCUCCUUCAGACCCUGAAACUGUCUACAGAGGGCAGCAGGAUCAAAUAGAUCAAGAUUAUCUGAUGGCUUUGUCUCUACAACAAGAGCAGCAAAAUCAAGAGAUUAACUGGGAACAGAUACCAGAAGGAAUCAGCGAUCUAGAGCUAGCAAAGAAGCUCCAAGAAGAGGAGGAUAGGCGAGCUUCUCAGUACUAUCAGGAACAAGAGCAAGCAGCUGCUCAGGUCCAGCAGGUGCAAGGUGCUCCUUCUCCAGCAAGUGGAAGACAAUCUGGGAGCAAUGAACGCAAACGUAAGGAGCCUCGAGAGAAAGAGAGAGAAAAAGAGAAGAAUAGCUGUGUUCUCUUGUAACAGUAAAUGGAUGACAGCAUGGAGCCAAGUGCAUGUCCUCAGAAGCAAAAACAAGGAGUACAAAGGAAGACAAACCCGUUACAUGCCGCCUGUGCCUGAUUACCCCACAGAUUUUGUUCACGUUUCAGGAGAAGAUGGGUGACUUUGUUACAAUCAUAUAGACUUUCUUCAAAGUCAUAGUGUAUGCUGCUUGAGAUGGAAUUCCAAAUCACAGUUGGAUGUGGCUGUGCUUUGAGUUAGUCAUAAGAAAUACUGCACCUUGUAGCUGAAAACACAAGUUAUGGCAAGUUUUGUGUCAUAGUGACAUCCAUUACAUAUUACAUCAGUAAGCUAUUUUAUCUUCCACUCUAAACAAAGAAGGUAACUGGUUUUGUUUAAGACUCUUUUCUUAAAGUAUGUACACUAGCACAACAGAAUCUUGUGUUACUUUCAUGGUAUGAAACUAUAUCUUAGGCUGGGUAUAGUCUUCACGACAUCAGCGCCCAAAUAACAGAUGGGUGUUGCCUCCUCAAUGUGUCCAGAUAUCUUUGCUUCUGGAUCUAGUACGUUUGGUUUUUUGAACCCAGAUUUAUACUGUGUUAGUGCUGUUGUUGCAUCUCUUUGCCAGCUUUCUUGCCCCAAGAAUACUUGACUUGAUCACAUACAAAAAUUGUUAUUAAAAAAUGGGGCAUUUAUUAAUGAGCAAGAUGAA